AUGCUGGCAGCCCCAUUGUAGAACUGCCGCGCGUGCUAAUCACAUCGCAUUUUUACGAAAUCAAUUUUUUGAUUUAUUCGUUCCAAAUUUUGGAUGUCUGUGACGAAAAUAGUGCAGUGAAAAUGACAUUGAUAAAUUGGUAGAGAAAAAAAUUCAAGAGGCCUAGUCGUAUUUGUGUUUUUUUCGUGAUAAGUGUAGUAUUCUGUGAGUAUUAUGAACUUUGAGGACUAUGAAACCCUUCCGACCCAAAGCUCCAUCACACACAUGACCGCCGGAGCGAUCGCGGGGGUCAUGGAGCAUUGCGUAAUGUACCCCCUGGACUCCGUGAAGACGCGGAUGCAGUCGCUGCGCUCGGCGCACAACGGCAGCAUCGCCGAGACCUUCCGCUACAUGGUGCAGCGCGAGGGACUACUCAGGCCUAUCCGCGGCAUGUCGGCGGUGGUGAUGGGCGCGGGGCCGGCGCAUGCGUGCUUCUUCGCCACCUACGAGCAGAGCAAGCACACGCUGUCGCAGCUCACCAGGCAUCGGCAUGACCACAUCACACACGGUUUGUCGGGCUGCUUGGCGUCGCUGGUCCACGACGCUGUCUCAAAUCCUGCAGAAGUGGUGAAGCAGCGUCUACAGAUGCUGAACUCGCCGUACCGCGGCGUGUGGGAGUGCGCGCGGCACGUGUACCGAGCUGAGGGCCUGCGUGCCUUCUACCGCUCGUACGGCACACAGGUCGCCAUGAACGUGCCGUUCCAGGCGUUACACUUCGUGACGUACGAGUGGUGCCAAUCGAUACUAAACCCACGACGCGUGUACGAACCCCGAGCUCACUUGGUCUCAGGCGCGAUGGCGGGCGCACUCGCCGCAGCCUUCACAACCCCUUUAGACGUUUGCAAAACCGUGCUCAAUACGCAAGAGACAGCGGCCAGAGCUGACGGGUUGGCGGCGGCCGCUGCGUUGGUUCUUCGAUCAGGAGGUCCACUCGCGUUCUUCCGCGGCGUGCAAGCUCGAGUGUUAUAUCAGAUGCCCGCCGCUGCUAUAUGCUGGCUCACGUACGAGACACUCAAACAUGCACUCACGAUGGACUCAAGCAGUGAGGAGAGUCCUGGUAGCAGUAACAGUAGCACAGUCAGUGCGGGUAGCGGGGUAGCGGGGGUGGGGGGGAGUGGUGGGCCGUUGGCGUGCGCCGCGCUGCGUCUCGCCGCAGCCGACGUGCCCACAACGCUCACACGCACUUAGGCACACUUGGUCUAUGUCACACUUGGACACAUGGUCUAUGACACACUUGGCCACAUGUGUCUAGGACACACUUGGCCACAUGCGUCUAGGACACACUUGGCCACAUGCGUCUAGGACACACUUGGACUCACGUGGUCCAGGACACACAAAGCCACAGCGGUACCCACCACAGUGUCGACACGAUAAACUGUACAGUGGAUAUUAAUAUUUCUGUUGUCAUAUCGAUAUAAACUAUUGUUUUUUUUUUGUUUUUGUAAUUGUAUUGUGUUGUUGCGAGUUGUUUUUUUUUGUACAGUAGAUCUAAUUUAAUGAAACCACAUUUGAUAAAGUUGUUACUUGUUCUACAUAUAAACUGAAUUGAAAUAAAAAUUAGACUGAAACUAUUAAAUUAGAUCUAGUGUAAGGCCAAUUAUGUAUUUGCUCUCAAAAAUUGAUUCAUAAACGAAAACUUUCAGAAUUUUUGUGAAAUGUCUAUGUCCAUCUCGUCUGAUUAUAAAUUGUAAAUCGAGCAAGUCUCGAAAAAAAUACAUAAUAAUAUAUCGUAUUAAAUGCGAUUUGUAUAUAUUGUAUGUAUUUAUUUAUUUGUGUAUUAAAAAAAACCUAUGAAUAUAUUAUAAAUAAUACUAAAAGUCAUAAAUUAUUACGAAAUCGAGAGUGAAACAUUAUUGGUAUUAAAACACCGACAACUAAAGUCGUUUUCAGACUGACGAUUGACAAUUUAUUUGUGAUAAAUACAAUAUCAAAGCUUUUUUCCCGCUCAAAAGUCAGUCUGGACGCGCCCUAAGAAACUAAAGCUUUAAACGUACGGGAGAUCUGUAAAUUAAGGUUUGGUUUCAGAAUGAAUUAUGGAUUUUGUCUAGAACACAAAUAAUGUUCAAACUAAUGUCUUUUAAGCUUCAUUUACGCCAGAGAAAUAUAGCGCGACUUUGCGGCGUGUCACUCGGCCGAUAUAAUAAUUUGAAAUGUAGCAAGAAUCAUCGGCAGGCUAUCGUACCCAAUUCCAAUUCUAUAGCCCGAUUUUUCCCGGCAUAAUACUAUUGACUGUUGUAUGCUGCUUAAGGGCACUAUCUCACUAGGAUCCCAGUGGCGGCGCAACCAGUUGCGCUAUCAGCAACCUGGUUACCUGGUGUCCGCUUGGUUCUCCGCAACCAAUCUGGUGCCGCCAUAAUGCCCUAGUGAGAUAUUGGCCUAAGGCUGCAAAAUUAUAGUUUCCUUUUGUAGCAUGACGCAAUGUCGCAAAUCGUUGCUCCGGCUUAAAACAGCCAUUUUACAUACAUAUUUUUUUGGGGAAUUGACUAAUUUUUUUUAUAAAUUAUAAUUAUGUUUUACAAGUCACCUGCGCGUGGCUUAAAUUAUUAAAUUAAAUGAAUCUUAUUAAAAAUUAAGAACAUAAUGUAAUAAUAUUUUACCUAAUUAUUAUUAAUAAAAAUAAUAAAUAAAUAGAAGCAAAAAUACGUCAUACAUAAGACAUUAUUGUAUAAGUGCGAAUGUGAUUAUUAUAAAUAAAUUAAUAAAUAUUCGAGCGAACGAACCGAAAUAAAAUGUAGUAAUUAAAUGUAGCUCUUUAACUCGACUAUACGUUUUUAAAAGUCACAUCGAUUUUCAAACUCAAACUCAAAUUAUUUAUUCGAAGUAGUUACUGUUGUACUCCUUUUGAUGGUCAGAAUUGUUAGAUUUGUAAGAUGAUAUAGUGGUGAUAAUUAAUUGCGUAAACUUAAAACGAAAGCUACGUGGGUUCCAAACGCGCCCGGGUCUGAGAAGAGCCCACAACAAACUCAUCUGGGUAUUCAUUCUACUAUCACCACUUUACAAAAUCACUUAUACUUAUCAGAACUAUCAAAGCUGUUUGGCAACUCAUUCCCAAGCUUUCUUAUCAUUUAAAUAAUCCUUGACAUUGUAUUUUUUUUUUGUUGAUGACCUAUCUUUAUUUAAAGUUUUUCUUCAUUUUAAGUUUAUCAUCAUACCGAUUUUAAAUAUACCUUCAACCUGCUGGUAAGUCCAGUCCAAAAGGUAAUGGGAAGGAAAGACGGAGGACGGCAUAUAGUCGGAAAGGCGUAGGUCAAGCAGUGGACGCAAACAGACUGAUUGAUUGAUUUCAUUUAUUAACCUAUUAUCUUCCUCUUGCUAAACAUUUAAUUUCCUUAAAAUAUUUGACCGAUUACGAUGUAAUUACGAUAAAAAAGGCAUUUUUAUUCGGGAAAUUACUUACUAGUCAACUAUAAGUAGAGUCGGGUUAUAGAGAUUAUGUACACGAUAUACAUACAAUUUAACUUACUCUUACUCUGGCGAGUACGUAAGUUGAUUUAAUUACUUUAGCGAGUACGUACGCAUCGAUCAAUUACUGUAUCUAAUCUACACAGUUUAGCAAUCAUACAGUGGGCAACGCCUUCGACCGUGGGCUUCUAUUCAUCGUCACUAACUUACAGCACACAGACAGCUCAUACGGUCACACAUUAUUCAAAUGUAGGCUUUAUGACGUGUAUGUAUGUAUAGUGCAAUUUAUUAGUAAAUGCAAUAGAGUGGUUUGGCAGGUUAUAGUGUAAAAAAGUUGUUAUACCAUCCCAAAUAAAAUUAAUGUUAAAUUAAAAAGAAGCAAUAGUGAAUAGAUUUCAAUAAAAAAUUUAAAGGUUGUAAUGUAUAGUAAAUAAUUUUAAAUUUGGCGACGACCGUCACAACGUGAUAUAUACUAUAACUUUCUUGAAGUCAUUUUAUUCCUUGCAACUAUGAAAACAUAACAUAUUCGUAGAUAUAUUUGUCCAUAGCCAAGACUAUUUUGUUUGACCAUACCUUCUUUUGUUUUAUUCAAAUUCGCUGUCCUACUGUACGCUAGCUAAACCGUGGUUGUAUGUGUUUAGAUGGGAGCUAACCUCCCUUGUUAUUGUUAAUAAUUUUGUUAUUUACUGAAGUUUACAUUAUUUUAAUCAUAUUUUAUAAUUUUGUUUUUGUUUAUGUCCAAUAUUAAUAAGUUCCUCGGAUUUGGUUAAAUUUAUCUAUCUUGAGUUGUAAAAAAUAAAAACGGCAACUCAAAAUUUUUGUACUACUUUUUUUCAAAUUAACAGGGUUAAAUUUUAAUGAGUUUUUCUAAAAAAAAUAUUAGGUAAUGUAGUUAGACUACACUGAUGCGCUAUCAACUUGCUUUAGACGUAUGCGCUAACUACCCAGACGUAUAUGCCUGUACGCAUCAUGCAUAAAAUAUGCUUUACUAGCCGAUUCCCGCGACUUCGCUUGCGUGGAUUUAGGGUUUUCGAAAUCCCGUGGGAAC